AUGAGUUCAGCAUUCAGUUCCGGUGAUAGUAUAAUACAAAAUCAGUCCCCGGUCACAGUUGUGGACCAUGUACGAUUACAUGAAAUAUGGAAUAGUGAACAAAAACAUCGCUGUCUUAGGUGGAUAGAGAAACACAACCUGCAACGAGUUGCCUUACAAUUUCCGGAUUCCAUUUUACCCCACAUCGUACAGAUCGUUAAUGAUUUAAAAUCAGCCCUAGUUGAUGAAUUGUGCAUUUUUGUCCUUGCCGAUACAUCUUACGGUAGUUGCUGCAUAGAUGAGAUUGCAGCAGCCCAUGCGAAUGCGGACGGUAUAGUUCAUUUCGGACACGCGUGCCUAAGCAAGGUUUCCCGUAUUCCCGUACUGUACGUGUUCUUCCAAUUCAAGCUGGAAGAAGGACAAUUGCUUGCCACACUAUCAAGAGAAUUUGUUACCCGGAAUAUCCAUGUGACAUGUUUCUACGAGGAUUGUUACACCGACGCAAUGGAUGAGAUGCGGGACACGCUCGUGGAUCGGUUUCCGAACAUGGUGAUAGCUAAUUUAGCAAAAGCUGAUCAAAAGGCCGAUAUAAUGCAUUGGAAAUUAGAUACGCCGCACGAGUCGAACGGUUUGGUAUUAUAUAUUGGCCGUGACAAUUUAAGCUUCUUCAAUACUGCAGUAGCUCUUAAAGCGACACAAUGCUAUUUGUACGAUCCCACAAAAACUGAUCCACAGUUGGAACGAACGGAUGCUUUUCAGGCCAAAUGGUUACGUCGGAGAUACUACGCUAUAGAGCGUUGCAUGGACGCCGGUUCGAUCGGGAUCGUAGUGGCUACGCUCUCCACUAAGGGCUAUCUCGAGAUCGUGUCUAGAGUACAGCGGUUGGCAAAAACGCGAGGUGUUCGCACCUACCUUAUCUCAAUAGGGAAGGUAAAUCCUGAAAAGCUGGCCAAUUUUAUCGACAUUGAUUGUUUUGUGUUGGUUGGUUGCCCGGAAAACGACAUCUUUACAUCGCGUGAUUUUUUCCGACCGCUACUUUCUGUAUUUGAGGCCGAGAUGGCACUCAAUCAGACGUGGAAAGAAAAAUUGCUUACAUGUUAUACAACCAACUUUCCCGAUUUGCUGCCCAAUGGUAGACUUUACUCAAAUGUUGAUGAUGUGUUGCUAGAAAUUAAAGGUGCAAAUGAACCGGCGGAUGUCAGCUUAAUCACAGGUAAGGCGAGAAAUGUUUCACAUCGAAACAUUGCCGAUACGGAAUCGAAGGCAAAUGAGACAUGUACGGAUGUGGCAUCAAAACGGAGGAAUGAGCUUGCACAAAUCAGUUCGGCGGAUCAAUUCACCAGCAGAUUCUGGCAGGGACUGGAGCAAAACCUUGGUCAUGAUGUUCCUGCACUUGUCCAAAUGGGACGUUCUGGGGUUCCAAUCAUGUAUGAAAACGAACGAAACGCUCAGCCCAGUAACGAACAACAAGAAUGUUUUUUACCAUAG